AUGUCUAUGAAAUCUACUAGUCGAUACUUCCAGAUGCCAUUGGGGAGUAGCAGCCAAACAAGUUCUGGAUCUUCACCCCUUCGUCACAAGAUAUGCUGGAGAUGGUGUGUUCGUUACACCAUUUUAGUGACAGCCUGGGCAUCUAUAACAGUCUGUCUAUGGAUAUUCAGCCAGCCAUCUUGUGAUUCCGAGCGCACCCAAACACGUGCAGAUGUGACCAAUGGGAAGGCUUACAGCUUUGAACCCAAGAAUUUAAGAUCUCCGAAAAAUAACCCAGAUUUUCUAUCACACAACGACAACCUAGAUUCUCAGUCCCAAAAUGUAAACCAACAUUUCCAACUGGAACUCAUCAAUCAGUUAUCUUCAAAGACUACACUAUUACAUUCAUCAGAGAUUAAUACAGUUGAUUUCAAUCUGGAACUCAUUCGGAAAUUACAAAAGAAAGCUGAAAGAAAUACAUUGAUAAGUGUGUACCAGAAAAAUUGGGUUGGAUUUCGUGAAAUUGCCGGAUCUAAUUGCCAGAAGGCAUUACAUUCAAAAGGCAACAACAGUGAAUUUCCACAGACGGUGAAGCGAACCCGCAGUUCCCAGUAUAUUCUAGACAGCCAAGACUGUGAAGCAUUUCUGCACAAGUAUGGAUUUAACAGAUAUCCCAAGACAACGGAGGAGGAGAAGGAGUUUCCUAUUGCUUUUAUUAUCCUUUUCUACAAAGAUUUAGAUCAGGUUCUUUUCUUGCUACGUGCGAUCUAUCAGCUACACAACGUGUACUGUUUGAGUGUGGACACCAAGGCCAGCAUAGAACUUCUGGAAGCUGUGAGGUCAGUGACCAAAUGCCUUCCCAACGUGUUCGUGGCCAGCAAGUUGGAGAAUAUUGUCUAUGCCGGCUUUUCCAGAUUAAUGGCCGAUAUUGACUGUAUGAAAGACCUUCUGCAGCAUCCUGUGCAAUGGAAAUAUGUCAUCAAUAUGCCAGGGACCCAGUUUCCUCUAAGAACAAACCUGGAGAUGGUCAAAAUACUCAAAAUAUUUAAUGGAGGAAAUGACAUUGAAGGCCUCACCGGGGAUAUGCUUGUUGCUGACCGCUAUGAGUUCAAACACACUUAUGUCACAGACCAGGAGACAGGAGAAAUGAGAGUCAAGAACAUGUUUGUGGCUAAUGACCCGCCUCCGCACGGGCUCGAGAUGGUAAAAGGAAGUACCUAUGGAACUUUCUCUCGAGCAUUUGUAGAGUUUUCCCUCGGAGACCCGGUAGCCAAGGAGUUUUUGGAGUGGUGCAAGAGCGUCAAGAGUCCUGACGAGUAUUUUUGGGGAACUCUUCACCACAGCAAGAUACUGGAUGUCCCGGGGGGUUUUAAAGGUAAACCUCACGGAAAACCAUGGCUGACAUCAUUUUCCCUUUGGGAAACCAACCCUACAUUGAAAUGUGCUACAAUCUACGUCCACAAGAUCUGCAUCUUCUCACCAGAAGACUUUCCCAUUUUCAUCAACCGUGCCCAGCUGUUUGCCAACAAGUUCUACAUAACACAUCAUCCUGCAGCGCUGCACUGUCUGGAUGAGAUGCUCGUCAAUUUAACCUACUCUGGGGUUACCAGAGACUUGAGAUUCUACAAAAGAGUUCCGUUUGCUAUCAAGAAGAACCCAUCUGCAUAA